AACGUGCCAUGUUUCCCCUUCCGACGUGGCCCAUUCUCCACCAUUGGUUAUUAGACACGUGCCGCAUUCGUCUUCUUAGAAAUGCCACGUCGUCUAUGCGCCACCACAUUUGAGAGGUCGUGGUGGCCACUGUGACACGUGGAGUUAAUUAUGUAUAUUCGUUUCUGCUUCCGUCACCCAUCAGAAGCGAAGAAGAAGAGAUGCAGAGGGUUUUUGUUCGGUCCAAAACCCUAAUCACGGUUGCUUCCAAUUGCAUCUUCUUCCCUCCAUCGCUACCCUUUUACUUGCAAAAUCAAAAGCAGCAACGAGCGUUUCACAGCAACAGCAACAGCGGGAACACCCCUUUCGGAUCACCAACUCGAGUUCAGAAGCUGAUAGCUUCCCAAUCAGACCCUCUUUUGGCCAAAGAAAUCUUCGAUGUUGCCUCUCGCCAACCAAACUUCCGCCACACUUACUCAACCUAUCUCAUUCUCAUCCUCAAGUUGGGUCGCUCCAAACACUUCUCUCUCAUCGACCAUCUCCUCCGCUGCCUCAAAUCCGAUUCUCACCCCAUCACCCCCACCCUCUUCACUUACUUGAUCAGAGUCUACGCAGAAGCUGAUUUGCCCGACAAAGCCCUCAAAACCUUCUACAACAUUCUCCACUUCAAUUGCAAGCCUUUGCCCAAACACCUUAACCGCAUUCUCGAGAUCCUCGUUUCCCACCGCAAUUACAUUCGUUCCGCCUUCCUUCUCUUUAGGGAUGCCCACAGGUAUGGGGUGGAACCCAACACCAAGUCCUACAACAUUCUCAUGCGCGCGUUCUGUCUCAAUGGGGACAUUAGCAUUGCCUACUCACUGUUCAACAAAAUGUUCAAACGAGAUGUUGUGCCGGAUAUCGAGUCUUACCGGAUUUUGAUGCAGGCCUUGUGUCGGAAGAGUCAAGUGAAUGGUGCUGUUGAUCUUUUGGAGGAUAUGCUCAACAAAGGAUUUGUUCCGGAUUCUUUGACUUACACCACUUUGUUGAAUAGCUUGUGUAGGAAGAAGAAGCUCAGGGAAGCUUACAAGCUUCUCUGUAGGAUGAAGGUCAAAGGGUGCAAUCCUGAUAUUGUUCAUUAUAAUACGGUUAUAUUAGGAUUCUGUAGGGAAGGGCGCGCUCACGAUGCUUGCAAGGUUAUCACUGACAUGCGGGCCAAUGGGUGCUUGCCUAAUCUCGUGUCCUAUCGUACGUUGGUGAGUGGCUUGUGUGACAUGGGAAUGAUUGAUGAGGCUAGUAAGUAUGUGGAGGAGAUGUUCUGCAAAGGUUUUUCUCCUCAUUUUUCGGUUGUUCACGCCUUGGUGAAGGGGUUUUGUAAUGUUGGUAGAGUUGAGGAUGCUUGUGGAGUUCUUACUAAGUCUCUUGAACAUGGAGAAGCUCCUCAUGUGGAUACUUGGAUGGUCUUAAUGCCUGUAAUAUGUGAAGUGGAUGAUGGUGGGAAAAUCAGUGGUGCUUUGGAGGAAGUUCUUAAGAUUGAAAUAAAAGGACAUACUAGAAUUGUCGAUGCUGGCAUUGGUUUGGAGAACUACUUGAUUAGGAAGAUACGAGCCAACUCCACGAGAGUAUUCUAAAACUUAUGUAGGACUUACAACUUGCAAUCAUCCUUCUGUCAUUCAUGUGGGAUCUUUGUGGUGUUUCCGGCACCAACUGAUAGAGAAAACGUAAAAUCUUGUCUGACUGAGUUGGCAUAUUGCAGCAAUCCUUUCAAGCGAGCUUUGACCGCUAGCAGAGAACAACUUGUGUCAACCAUUACAUCUCGAGUAAGACCAGUGCUAGACAGCGAUGAAACAAUUAGCUAUGAGCUUUUAGAGGCUGAGUAUGCAAUGAGGUGAAUGACCCAUGGGUUCAGAGACCUCUCCAUACUGUUGAGACAAAUGUGGCAUGACUGCUAACAGAUAUGACACUUUGUUCAUUUGAGUAUUAACCUCAUUGUGUAAAAGGCUUGAAGUCAUUAUGAUGCAGAAAAGAUUUAGCUAGGCGGUCUUCAGUUUAACCCAGAUGCUAGAGCUUUGGUAAGUCACUUCAGUGUCAUGACUCAGAACUGUUAAGGGACGAGUUUGCACGCCAUACUCAAAUGGCAACGAUUCUAAAUUUAGAAAAGGUUUGUGAGAUUCUUCUAGAUUUCUUGGGUUAGAACUCUUGACCUGGAUAUUAACUCCAGGAGAGGUUAGGGGUGUGUUGGGUAUGCGGGUUGGUGUUAAACCAGAAGCGGUAGCCGCUGUGAAGUUGUAAUAUCCGUUUAUAUGGUCUCUUCACAAAUUUUUUUUUCUUUAAAUUUUCAUCCGAUUCUUUAAAUUUUCAUCCGAUAAGUAUUACACCUUCGUUCUUACUACUUUUGGUGUUUAGUAAGUUAACUCACAAUUUGCUGUAUGAGUUGCAUUGUUUGCUUCAAAGGCAAGAGAAUAAGGAGCAUUCAAAUUUUCCACCGGAGAGGCUGAGAUAUUAAGCAUAUAUACAGACCAUCCUGUGUAAAUUGGUUUUCUUUUGGAAAAUCAAUUUGGAACAUUCUUGUAUUUUUAUUUUGCAAAUCA